UCCCGUGUAUGACGUGACGGCGAGGAAUUUCAAUACCAUGUGGCCAACAAUCGAGUUAUCCAUCCAAUCGUCAGACAUUGUAGCAUUGGAUAUGGAACUGAGCGGCCUGGGAGACAGACAGAAGUUGCAAUUACAAAAUAUUGAAGAGCGUUACAAAUCGAUUUGUGAAGUGUGUCGGUCUCGAGGUGUCGUGUCUCUUGGUUUAGCAACCUUCCAUCUCUCGUCCACACGUUGCUACAAUGUGGCUGUCUACAAUCUCAUGCUGCUAAGUGAACGUGAAUACAUGGUGGAGCCGUGCUCGCUCCAGUUCUUAUUGGAUCAUGGAUUUGAUUUCAACAAGCAAUACAGAGACGGCAUUCGAUAUGCACCCUUUAGUGAUGAUUACAUACAGUCAUCCCGGUCAUCGUGUUUUGCAUCCGUUGAGUCACUUUUCUCGUCUCUGAUCAGAUCGUGCAAGCCUGUUGUCUUCCACAAUGGCCUCAUUGAUCUUGCCUUCUUGUAUCAGCACUUUUACGCUCCAUUGCCACUCAAACUUAACACUUUCUUGUCGGACUUGUCAGACAUAUUUCCAUCCGGAAUAUUCGACACAAAAUAUGUUGCAGAGUUUUGCACUCGCGAUGAGGCAUCGUAUCUUCAUUAUAUUUUCAGGAAACGACAACGAAGAAAUAUUAUGUUAAGACUGAAGGGUGAGAAACACAUUGAAUUGAUGUUUGAUGCGGGAACGAGCGACACGGAGUUUGUUGAUUGGGUUUGCUGUGCACAAUCAUCGAUGGGAGUUGAUGCAGCAGCCGUGACUGUAUGUCAUCAAUAUGCAAAUCAUGGUUACUGUCGAGCCAGCUCUUCUUGUCCUGCCAGUCAUGACAUUGAUAUCAUUCUCGAUCAGCAAGAGGCAAGCAAGCAAUCAAAAGAAGCAAAGAAACGAAGACGAAGACGGAAACGAAAACACACAGCAAGUGAAGAGAAUGAGAAUUCAACUCAAGUCGAAGUAAGCACAGAGACAGAUGCUCAGUCUCUGCAUUCGAAUGAACCCACACGUACACACUCAGACAACAAAGAAAGAAACCACGCCAAACGAGAGUCGCCUCAAACUGGUGGCCACCGGGCUGGCUUUGAUGCAUUUAUGGCAGGUUUUUGUCUCGUUUUUAUGGCCGAGAUGGAGAGUGAUGGUAAACUGACGUCAUGGAAGGAAGGACUGUUGGAGUGGAGAAACAGACUAAGUCUUAGUGGCAAACCCAUGCCUCUUGUUAUCACAAAAAGUCACUUUUCUAAACCAUCGGGUCAUCACGUGCAGAGACUGGCCGCUCUAACUAAUGCACAUGAUCAGGUCACAUGAAAUGUUGUUGACAUCGAAUUUUUAUUGUUGCCAUUCGUACACAAAAGGCAGUGUAAUUGAUA